GACCCGGAAAUCACAGCAGAAGAAGAAGAAACUCCCAAACAAACCGGCUACAUGUGGAUCUACGGACGAACUACGGCAAAUAAAUGAAAUCUUUACGUUAAAUCGGUUCUAAUUAAGUGAACAUGGACGAGGAGCACACGGCUGGCUUCAGGGAGCCUUGCGCUCAGUGUUCGGCGGUGGAUUGGGGAGUUUCAGAUGAGGGUCGUUUCUACUGCAAGUCCUGCCACAACGUCAUCGAGAGAACCAAAGAGGUGGUGGAUCUGACAUUCACUCCUGGAUCCACCCGGGUCUCCACCAUCAGCAAAGGAAGCAGACACAAGAAGACUGAGCGAGGUCGUGUGUGGAUGAUCUGUGAAGGCUUCCAGUUCAUCCUGAGAAACCAGGCCGACGCUCUGCUCAGACUGGGAGUCUCCCCUGGCUUCAAGGACGAGGUUUUGUGUCCGCUGUGGAGACUCUACCUGCAGAAGAGUCGGCAGGCUUAUACCAACAACCCAGUGAGGAGCUCCAAGUUCAAACUGGGAGGUCCGGACUCAGAGUCGGACAGCGCGCCUGAGUCCUCCAUCAUGUCGGCCAGCGAGACGGAUGGUGAGACGCACCCGCCCAGCACGGCCGGAUCAAACGCAGAGAACUCCAGUGAAUGGUCGCUGUGCUCGGGCUCGGUGGACGCCACCGCCUACCUGUCGGCUCGGCUGAGGCGGGGCCGCGGUCUGAUGACCCUGAGGAAGACUCUGGCUCUGAUCCACCUGGCUCUGAUCUGGUGCCGUGAGGCGUUGACGCUCAGCGACCUGCUCAGGUUGGUGAAAGAAGGACACGUCCCGUAUGUGAACGCUUACGAAGAACUUCCUGAAGAGAUGAAGCUGGAAGGAAAAGACUCGCUCAUCUUCAGAGUCGAGAGCUAUCCGUCUCACCGGGCGGUGCAUCAGGAGGCUCAGAAUCUGGCUCUCUUCCUGCAGCUUCCUGCUUUUCCUCCAAUCAGCAGGCAGAGUCUGCUGCACCCGGCGCUGCUCAGCGUGCGCUACCUGACCGACGCCAACCUGCCCGACGAGCUCCACCUGUGGGUCUGCAGGCUGAUGGAGCGCGCCGGCAUGGCGGAUCAAACGCUCCACGCGUUCGAGCCCUCGUCUCAUCCCGUCCUGCCGCAGUACGACAUGCAGGCCGCCGCCCUCAUCAUCGUCACCUUGAAGCUUCUCUUCGGCCUGGACGACCACAGCGAGUGGAUUUUAUCCAGUGAAGCAAGCGAGCAGGAUGAACCAGGAGACAUGUUUAACCUGCGGAGGUGGUACCGGCUGCUGCAGGCCGCUCUGCUCCGAGCUCAGCAGAGCAGAGACCAGGACGCCGCCAGGAAACAGUGGAAGGCAAAGAAACCUCUGCACCUGAACAAGAAGAACAAAUGGGUCGUGAUGAAGCAGAAAAGAAUAGCAGAGCAGGUGCAGAUCUGUUUCGAGAAGCUGUCCUCUCGGCCGGCAGGUGUCCAGUGCGUCGGUCCGUCCAGUUUCAGGUUCUGCUGGGGGGACGAGGACGGAGCAGACGGUCCCAGUCUUCACCAGAAGAAGCUGGACGCCGUCCUGACCCUGAAACACGAUGUCCUGACGCCCUCUAACUCAACAUACUGGCAUCCGCCACUCAGACCCUGCGAACGCAGGAAGUGCAGGAGUCACUACCCGGAGGUUGAGCCGACGCUGCCGAGGACGUUCGUUUGGCUGCUGCAGCUCUUCUCCUUCCUGCUGGACGUGAAGCCGGCCUACCUGUAUGAGGAGGUGCUGACGGUGGAGAGACGAGUCCUCGGCAGCAAAACACAACAGACUGAAAACCUGUGGAAGAGGAUGACCAGGACCAGGACCAGGACCAGGACACGGACCAGGACUUCACCGAGGAUACAGCAGAGAGAACGAGAAACUGAAGAAACCAGAUGAAAAACCUCCAAGUGGCAACAGGAAAGAAGAAAAAGGCUUGAAGAUGGCAGCUCAGGAAUAUUUAAAGUCCCCUUCUGCUAAAAAAUGUGUUUAUUACUGUUCUUCAUAGUGCAGAGUUUGUUCUCUGAGCUCACCUUAAAUCUCAGUCUAACAUCUGGACCCACCCGCAGGAUUUAGGACAUCACAACUAUUUUGGAGCCAAUUGUGGUUCAGUAUGCAAUUUACACAAGUGUGAUGUGGAAAGAAAUCAACCAUAUUUACAUAUUCAGAGAUUCUGGAUUUUUCCAGAGAAGGAAGAGAUGACGGUUUAAGAGUUUUUUUAACAAGGUAAUUGAACUUUUUUGUGAAAAAACUCAUCAGACAAGUUUUUACUAUCUAUAAUAUUAAAACUGCUGCUAUGUUGUUAUGUCAUGGAUGACUUAAUGACUUUCAUUUAUAUGUGUGUUACAUUUUGCUGGUUGCAGACCUCUGAUCUUACGUAACAGUAUUAUGCAUAUGUGGACCUUAAAUAAAAAAGUUUGAGUUUC